GGGAGAGACAUCGAUUGCCACGGCGAAAUGUGCCAAACUUGUCUGCGAAGGCCAAUUGUAAAUUUGUAAUCUACCUAGGUCCUGUCCUCCACCCGGAGGUCUUCUUCUUUCCCUCCCUCCUCACUUCCCACGCACAACAACCCCAGACUCUCAUCCUCCGCCCGAUCCAGCGCACUCCUACCGGCCAAUGCAGGCCUCCAAUCUUCUGCGGCGGCCUCCGGGCUACGUCGUGUCCAGCAUUCUCUGUUCCUUGAGUGGUUUCUCCUUCGGAAUUGAAACGAGCAUCAUCGGCCCCAUCCUCGUCAUGGACGACUUCAGGCGUACCAUUGGCGGCAGCUCUAACCCCACAGUCCAGGGGCUCAUCGUCUCGUCCCUCAUCUUGGCCGCCGCCGUCUCGUCCAUGGUGGCCGGCAGACUGGCUGAUGGCGUCGGCCGCGUUCGCGGCAUCGCCAUAGGCACUGCCAUUUUUGCCGUUGGUGCUGCUCUUCAAGCCGGCUCCGUCAAUCUCGCAAUGUUUAUUGUUGGCCGUCUCAUCGAAGGUGUCGGCGAGGGCCUUUAUGUUGGCCCAAUGAUCGUCUAUAUCACCGAAAUAUCGACUCCCCAACAUCGAGCCACUCUUACCACCGCACCUCAGCUGCUGCAUACAUUCGGACUUGUCGUUGGCUACUUCGCCUGCUACGGGACCGCCAACAUGACAUCCUCGUUUUCUUGGCGUUUGCCGCUGAUUAUCCACACCGCUUAUUCGGUUGCAUUCACUGUCAUGGCCCUUGUUGUCCUCCCCGAGUCUCCCCGAUGGCUGACGCUCCGGGGACGGGGAAAUGAGACUGCUGCUAUCUGGGACAGGCUCGGAGUGGACCCGGCUGACCGAGAGAAAAUUGUCGGUCAAUUACCCGUUGCCAACUCCUCUUCGGACGGGGGAAGUGCUGUGGGCGGGCAGAGCGAAGCAAAGAUCGAAGAGAAAGAGACACCAGGCAGACCGGGCGAGGUGAAGAAGACAACCGAUGAACCGACACAAGCACAAGUGACUAUCCUGGAGACUUUGUUGGAUCCCAAUACCAGGCCGCAGCUUCUGGCCGGCCUUUUCCUCAUGGGUAUGGUCCAGAUGAGUGGUAUUGAUGGUGUUCUAUUUUAUGCACCUCUCGUCUUCAAGCAGGCAGGCUUGUCGUCAAACGAAUCCAGCUUCCUCGCGUCCGGGGUAUCAGGUCUGGUCAUCUUCGCCGUCACGAUCCCCGCCACCAUCUGGGCCGAUAGCUGGGGCCGGCGACCCAGCUUGAUUCUCGGCGGUCUCUCCAUGGCUGUCCUCAUGUUCCUCAUCGGUGGCCUCUAUGCCGGCCAGACGGUCCACGAGGGCGUGGGGGCGGGUCGCUGGGUCGUCAUUGUGGCCAUCUACAUCUACAUUAUUAUUUUCUGUAUCAGCUGGGCCAUCCACGUCAAGGUUUUUGCCGCCGAAAUCCAACCCAAAAGAACGCGGGCGACGGCCACAGGCAUGGCAUAUGUGAGCUACAGCCUAACCAACUUCCUCGUCGCCCUCAUCGUCCCCAUCAUGCUCGCCGCUACGGACUCGGGCGCAUACUUCCUGUUUGGAGGUUGUUUGCUGCUCACGGCGGUCGUCUGCUUUUUAUACAUGCCGGAAACUCGGGGGAGGAGUUUGGAGAAGAUUGAGGAGAGCUUUCAUCAAAAGAGACACUUCCCGGGAGUACGACGAUACCGUUAGGUUUUGCUUAUAGUAUUCUAGCUUCUGUCAAUGAACAUAAAAGAUUGGUGCAGCCUUGAA